AUGUCUGAUCCACAAAAGAUUGCCAUUGAACCAAUGGCUCAGCAGCUUCUUGUCCAGAAACCUGGGGAGGACUGGACUGGGGUUACUAGUACUGCACAACGACGAAAACUGCAGAACCGGCUGAACAAGAGGUCACAAUAUCUCAGGAAGCGUCAACAACAGGAACAAAACCGGCUUGCUUCUAACAUCGUCGGUCAAGCUGGUCUACCCGCCGAGUCCAUGCCUUCAAUAGCACUCGCUCUCCAAGGUCCGCCCGAUGCCAUGUUUGAAGUCAUUCGCCAAACAUGCGAAGUUUACGAGAGACCUGAUAAGAGCGAACGGGUGUUUGCAAUUGCGUGCAAAGCGUACAUGGACUACACCAUGAACGCCCCUCGAAUAUCACAGCUUCCACUGCUGAUCAGUCUCAAUGUUACAAUAGCGGUAGCCAACAACGCUACACUAUUGGGAUUUGAUCGUGCGCUGAUGUGCAUUGAAGAAGCUAUAUCGCCUUUCAACAUCAAUGGACCUUUUGGGGCAGAUUAUCAUCCCCCAAGGGCGCUUGAGCCUACAGAAGUGCAGAAGACAGUCUUGCAUCAUCCAUGGCUUGACAUAUUUCCUUUUCCUAAGUUCAGAGAUAAUGUCAUUCUGGCGGCGGAUGCUGAAUUACUAGACGAUGGUGAGCUAUGUGAGGAUAUAUCAGAGAUCAACUGGGAGAAUGUUGAGAAGCCAAGUUUGAUUAUGGCGGCAGAGUCGGGGAGAGAAGUUACUGAAGUGGAAUAA